AUGGCCCACAGAAAUAGAAAUGCUGCUAUGUUUGAUGAGCUUGUGCUGAAAUACCAAGCCAGAGAUGCAGGCCAGAAAAAAACAGACGGUGGCUUAGAGGGCGCAAAGAGAGAAAUGCUGUGCUAUAGCCAUAUCCUGGGUGUGUGCCCUAGGGGAGAGCUAAAGCAAAACCACAAAAGCAUGUGUACAUUCCAGCAUGUCCCACUAGCCAGUGAAGAAGCCGGAAGAAAUGAGUUUUUAAACAUAUUCAAUGACCCUUUGCAAAGAAAAAAGUUCUUUCGCACGCACCAUCUUAUGCAGAAGUGCAUUAUUCGAUUAAAAGAUGAAAUAAAGGGAAUUAUGGCUAGCCUGCCAAAGCAGCAGCGGCAAGCCUCAACACAAGCAAUUGCGCAAUACAACCAGGCAAAGGCUGAGUGGGCUAUUUUCAAACUAAAUGGACAGGAAGAGCUAGAGGAGCUGGCACUGGCAAGGCUUCGAAAGCUGGAAGAGACAAACAGUCGAGAAGGCGUAGCAAGAAUGCGGUGCAAGGCAUGCCCGCACUAUCUUCCGUGGCUGGAAAGUGAGCGAAAACAGCACUAUAUUGGAAAAGUGCACCAAACGUAUAUAAGAAUGCAGCAGUUUCUGCAGAACUACUAUUCCCAAGGCCACAAUACUUAG